AUGGUCUCGGUUCCUCCUCCUCCUAGCUUCCCCCUACGGGAGGAGGAGCUCGUCCUUCCAGCAGAACCUCUGCCCCCCUACGACUUGACCGUUCUGCCCGACCCGCCAGACUCAUGGCAAAUAUUCGGGAUGACGGCGGAGCAAGCCGUAAAACAACGCACGCUCAGGAAGAUAGAGGCUGUUGUGUUGGCCAAGUUUCAUUUCUGGGGAAUUCGCUACAAGUCCAGACGCCUUUUAUCUGGACUCGAGGUCGUGAAAUCUCUGUGGAAACUAUUCUACUACAUGGCAGACCAACACCGUCCGCAGUCCUGGUUAGAAGUAUUCGACCUCACGCGGGAUGCUGGCUCUCGACUUUUGAAAUAUACCAUCGUCCCCUGUCCUCGCCCCGUUAGCCUCUUCUACCCACAUGACCCGGAUGCCAGGCUACAACCACGUCCACCAUUUGUUCGGCCUCACGACGCACCAUUUGGGGUGCCGGACUCCUAUCUUGCACAGUUUCUUCUCCCAGCCAGCCAUGAGGCCAGCGAUGGGACCAGCAAUAGGGUUAUUUUGAAUCCCAAUGUCGCCCGUACUCGGAAACGACGGGCAGGCAACAACCAAGGGCCCCCCUCGCCAAAGAGACAAAAAAGGACCAUCCAGUCACCGCCAUCGCAGAACAAUGCUGGUAGCCCGACCAGCAAUGGGCCCAAUAAACCUCUCUCGGUUUUACCUACGCCAUUGUUCAACCCACAGAUUGUCGUCGAGGCAGUUGAAAGAGCUUUAAUGAAGCUCGUUUAUUCCGACCUUGACCGGGAUAUUAGUGCCCCGCCGCGAGUUGCGCGUCCAUCCAAGACCAUCAACUCUGCCAAUGGCUUGCGGCUGACUCAAUUAGAGAAUCAUCCCGAUACAGCAAAAAUGCUCCUGUCGCCCAGAUCUCUCGAAUUUGACCCAAAUGGUCUUCCUUACCCCUACCGUGGCCGAGGCCCAGUCUGGUCCGACUCUUCUUGCGCCAUUGAUUCUGUAAUCGUUCUGGGCCAGCUGGUCGAUGCCGGAUGCACUGUUGCAGACCGCAAAGAGAAUCGGUCCUCGACAUUCACUGAGCUUGAGAGAGCUUUUAUUGAAGCCACCAAUGUCAACUGGAAUGUAUUGGAUGACAAGACCUCAAUCUUUCUACGUGACCAGUUCUUCCAAAAAGUAUGCGCAGUGUGCCCUGACAUCAAAAUGGGACAGCUUGUUCCUUCUUGGAUGGUCUGGGGGCAGUUCACGCGCCACUUUGCCCAGUUUCAAUUUUCCUGGCAGGAGAAGGUGACUACUUCGUGUAGAUGCAACCAUGGCGGCUGGCCGACAAUUCAGCCGGGCAAUGGGUCAUGGAUAUACCCACCGUUCUUGGAAAGUGAUAGAAAGGGAGUUCAUCCGUCUGAAUUGAUCAUGCGUACUGUGUUUCAGCGCAAGGAAUCUCCCUGUGAUCAGUGUGGUGCUUCGGCUGGGGUGAUUCGCGAGAGGCGGUUCGACCAACUUCCAUUGCGCCUGGUCCUUGGGUGUGACGACGAUACCAAAUUGAUCAACCACACCGAAGCCUUCACAUUCAACUACACAGAUUCCUCGGGCGCUCAGCAAACGGCCACUUAUCGCUGGCUUGGUGGUGUGUAUCAACAGGACUGUCAUGCUCGCGUGUAUUUCACCGACGCGGAGCGGGGUGAAGCCGACGCAGGCCAAAUCCGCAUGUACGAUGGGUGCGUCAACUCAGGCGCCAUCGUCGGCGGAAUAUCACCAUUCCACCAACAGAACCGAGUGCCCGCGGAGUGGAUGCAGUACUCUCCGCCGUCCGUGAUCUAUGAGCUCGUCAUGGACCCCUCAUUGGAUAUUUUGGCGACAGCGGGGAAUGCCGUUGUCAGCAUGAAUCAGAUAGUUGCCCAGAAAAAGUGCAUUCUCACGGAGCACGUUCCCUGGAAACCAGCCGACCCGGUCCCUGAGCCGGAGCCCCAGCCAUGGCCGCGGACUCUUUCCAAUAUAGGCGAUCACUUCAUGUCUGGCGAAUCUAUCGACCUUUCCCAAUACCUUCCGCCAAACGCGAAACCAAAUUCGCCCAGGCCCUCGACCAGAAGUCGUUCAAGCUCAGACUCCUUGGCUCAUCAUAUCAUGAAUGCACAACUGAAUUCGUCCCCUCCGAUGAACCCCACGCCCCUCAACCCACCUCCGGAGGCCAGACCUCCCGGGGUACAAGAGGGCGCUAACAUAUUUGACGAAUACUGGGGGACCCAAUCCAGAUGUUGA